UUAGAAACGGUAUCACAGAAAAUUUGAGUGGUUUUGAAACCUUGACUCUUUCAAACCUCGGUAUACCUUGAAACCGGUAUUCGGCCCAUGCUUAUUUAGGUGACGUCCGAGAGAUUUCCAGGCCUCCUAAAUAGACAUCAUGGUUAUAGUUGUUGUCAAGGUCCAGAAAAGUACUAAAGACAUCGUUAAAUUGGUCCAUCCGCUCAACUGUAACCAUGAUGUCUAUGAGGAGGCUUGGAAAUCUCUCUGAUGUCACCUAAAAGAACUUUAUUUGUGUUCCGAAGAUGCCGGGAGGUCUUAAAACAUGUUGAACGUAAAAAUAACACAAUUUUGAUUUUGAGGUGAACUUUUCCUUUAACUGUAGGUUAAGGGUGGUCUUUCAAAAUCUUUAUUUAAGGAUUUUGAGGAUCAAACACAUCUAUUCUGGCUUGCGGUAUAUUUGGUUUUAGAUUAGAGAACAGUGAGACUUUCCCUGGAUGUGCUCUUGAAAAAAGUAGUUUGCAGUGUAUCGUGUAGGUACCCAGCAUUUUACCUUAAGGUCUAACGUCUUUACUUUUCCCCCUUUCAUGCUGCAAUGAAGGGAAGUGAAAAGAUGGGCAGAGACCUCCAGCAAUAUCAGAGCCAAGCCAAACAGCUCUUCCGGAAGCUGAACGAACAGAGUCCCACCCGAUGCACCCUAGAGGCUGGUUCAAUGGCCUUUCACUAUUUCAUAGAGAGUGGAGUUUGCUAUCUGGUGCUAUGUGAAGCUGGGUUUCCAAAGAAGCUAGCUUUUGCUUAUCUGGAAGACCUACAAGCAGAGUUUCAUGAACAACAUGGGAAGAAGGUGCCCGCGGUCUCCAGGCCCUACUCUUUCAUAGAGUUUGAUACGUAUAUUCAGAAGACCAAAAAGUCAUACAUUGACAGUAGAGCACGCAGAAACCUGAGCAACAUUAACACAGAGCUGCAGGAUGUUCAAAGGAUCAUGGUGGCCAACAUAGAAGAAGUUCUGCAGAGAGGAGAAGCCUUAUCUGCGUUGGACUCUAAGGCCAGCAACCUCUCCAGCCUGUCUAAGAAAUACAGGAGCGAUGCUAAGUACCUGAAUACGCGCUCCACGUACGCUAAGCUAGCUGCGGGCGGAGUCUUCUUCAUCAUGCUUAUCGUAUAUGUGCGCUUCUGGUGGCUGUGAGUGUAGAAGAUGUGUGGAGGGGCUCUUGAGAAAGUUACAGGUGAAGAGCAGACAGACUGUCAAGCGACAACAAGCUCACGUUGUGUUUUAUAGCGCUGGGCCUGUUCUUAAAGACUGUUGGACAAGGCACUUUCCUUCCUUAACAGGCCGUUGAGUCCCUAACCUGAUUCUCACUGAUCUUUGUUUUAAGAACUACACAGAAGUUUGCUUGGAGUGAGUAAUGGAUGUGUGUGAAUGAAAGAGAGUAAAAGGCGUGUUUUGUCUGUAAAAGAUCGUAUAUACUGUACAGCUGAAGCAUAGAGCAACAAACCCUGGAGUUAAUGGUUCAAUGACAUACGUAUUUUAAUUUAGAUUUGUUGAUUCAGCACAUUGUGGGUUUGAGAGUGGGUGGGCUACCACUUCCACUGAACGUUUAAUGCUCUGUUCUUCCAAACAGUGGACGUUUAUGAGUUCUUUAAAGAAAUAGAGAAACGUUUUAUUUCUCAAAUCUUUUGAAUGAAAUAGCGUUAGUCUUAGUUUAAAGUUGUCUUAAUUGGAUACAAAUUCGAAAUUUUGUUGUUUCAAAAUCAACCCACAGCAUUUAGAAAAUGUUGACCAAAGUUGCAUAACACACAGCGCUUGAACCGCAUUGAAGAGAUUUACAGUCGUGUUAAAUUACUCAAUAUCUAUAAAAUAAGCGUCAUUGAGAGUGGUGGCCUGCUACUUUUUAUAAGAAGCAGCUAUCUGGGUGAAAUUUUGUUAAACAAGCUUAUCUAUGUCUAUGGAACUUACCCUUACACAGUUGCAAACAUCUGACUUGGCGUCCUUUUGCUUCCUUUAUCAGAGUUUACAUUAGUAUUUUACUACAUGCAGUGAAGAACUAAACACUUAAUAUCCGACCAGUCAUCCAUGUACAGACGUCCGUUUCAGUUCAUGAGACAGAAAUGCAUUCUAAUCAAAAGAGCAAUCAUUCAGCUUGCCAAGCCUCCUGUAUAAAUAAAAUUAUUCAAACUCAGAUUUUGAAUGUCAGUACCCUUUACAUUCACUUUUGUGUGUCUUGUGUUAUACCCAGAAACAGCCAAAUACAUUACACUUACUUUUGUGUGUUUUUAUCCUGCUAAACAGCAGCCUAUUCUAGUUGCCUUACAAGUUUAUUGUCAAUCAUAGUUAAGUAAUGGUACCCCUGGCCUUUCACACAUGCAUGUUUUCGCUAAACCGCGGUUCAUGAAGAAUUUGCUUCUAGAAUUGCUGUUGAAGAGCAUGACCUGAUGAACUGAGUGAUAAGACGUUUCUGACAUUUACACACACUCCUUAUACAUGAAUCCAGAACAUCCACUAAAGAGAAAAGAGUGAAUAUAAAGUUAUUAUUGAAUUACUUUUGCUCAUAAUUGGGAUUAUGGAUUUGAACAAAGCCCUGACCCUGUGGCGUGGUUUCCUGGACAGGGCUUAAACCUAGUCCCAGACUAAACUAAAUGUUGGAGGUGUCUUGAUCGAAAACAACUUGCACUAACAUAUCUUAACAUAUAUCAGUGCGAUUGUUUUGUCUCAAGAUGCACACCAGUAAUGUAUUUUGUAAAGUAUUUUUAAUAUUUAAAAUGAAACUAAUCUAACUAAGGUCUAGUCCUGGUUUUAGCUAAUCCCUGUCCGGGAAACCGCCCCUAUUAAAACUUUGGAGCACACCUUGUUUUACACUGUUAUGUUUAAUGAUAUUACUUUAAAUUUACAUUUAAUUCAUAUUUUUAAUUACUAAUUCUUAACUAAGUUAAGCAAUCAGAUUUCAGCUUUUUCCUGGCAGGCCAUAAGACUGGCUUUAGAAAAUGUGAUGGUCCCAUAAAUCCUGUCCUUUCACACGUAUCCACCAGAGUGCGCCCAACUGUGUCCCAAAGCGUCUAAUAAAAAUUUCGCUCUUGUUUUGAGUCAUUGUGCAAAGUUUGUUAGCAAAACGGAAACGCAAAAGCUCAUUUAAGAGACUGGAAGCAAGAAAAUGUGCUAACCAUCCUUGCAGAGAGAACAAAACGCUGACGUUUUUGCCCCGAUCUGUCUGCAUGUGUUCAGGAAGUGGGCACAGACGAAAAGAGAAGCUGCCAUAGUAGCGUGCAUCAUCGACCACAGCUCUGCGUCUCAACUCUUCACCCCUCGCGUUCUCUCUGGAGAGGGGAAGUUAGCGGAGGUCUGCUGAGGGUGACCUGUUGAUAAACGCUGUCAGGCCUUGAACUCUGCUGGGCAACUCGAGGUUCUUAUCUUUCAUAAGAAACUGUUCAGUUCUGUGUGCCAGCCAGGUGUUAAAUAAUGUAGAUCUGCUUUAGUCCAUUUUUUGGAACUGCUGCCCUAUUAGGUAUGCACUAUUUUUAUGUUUAGCAUGUUCUGAGUGUGUGUGUGUGUAGUAGUCGUGUUCUUUGUAAGAUCACGAGGUGUAUCAGAAGUGAUGGUCAUGGUAGAUCAGUUGCAUCUCAUGCUUCACUCUUUGUGGUUGGUUUUCGGUAUAAGAUCACAUUUGUAGGCUCAGUUUUCACGGUCAUUUUGACAUAGACCGAGGGUCCUUAUCAGGGGGUCCUUCAAUUACUGUUUAAUAUCAAUUUAUGUUUUGAAAAGUAAACCUGGGCAUCAGACACAAAUGGAAGGAAUAAAUGUAAAAAUUAUAAUAUUAUUCAAAACGAAGAGCAUAAAGUCAGUACAUUAAAAUAAACAUGGAAUGUAGAAUGUUACCAGUAGCCUAUAUGACUUUGCAUGCUACAAAUAAAUAUUAUAUUAAAAUUAUUUUAUUUGAUAUUUAAUGUCUAAUGUAAGCAUCAUAACAAAGUAUGUGAACCCUUUCGUGUGGUACUAUAUGGCCCGGUUUCACAGACAAGGCUUAAGGCUAGUCCCAGACUAAAAUGAAUGUUUGACCUGACAUAACUGAAUAUAACUUGCCCAGAAAUAUCUUAAAAUAUGUCAGUGCCAUUGUUUUGUCUCAAGAUGCACACCAGUAAUGUAUUCCUCUAAGGCAUUUUUGUAAAAGCAACAUAAAUAUCUUAAUUCAACUAAGGCAUAGUCCUGUCUUGAGCUAAGCCGUGUCUGUGAAACCGGGCCUAUAUGUUAUAUGCCUGACUUAAAGGGACAGUUCACCCAAAAAUGAUGAUUCUGUCAUUAUUACUCACUCUCUUGUCAUUUUAAACCUGUGUGACUUUCUACACAAAAGAAGAUAAUUUAUGUUGACCGAACAAUGGUGGUACCCAUGGACUUGCAUUGGUUUUGUGUCCAUACAAUAGAAGGGAAUGGGUGGCACCUUUGUCGGUUACCAACAUUCUUCAAAAAGACAGAAAGUCGUACAGGUUUGAAAUGACAAGGGUGAGUAAAUAAUGACAGAAUUUUCAUUUUUGGGUGAACUAUUGAAAGUGCUUUUAUACAAUAUGCACCAGGGGUCCCUGCUCCUCCUUUCUAUCCAUAAAAGCAAUCUUGGCCUGAGAGUUUAAAGACCUCUUAGUUGUUUUGUCUUGCCUCUGCCAUCAAAGAAACAAUUUUUUAAGUAACUAGAUUUUGUUAACAAAAUCCCCUUUCAAAGCUUAACAUCCUUCCUUUUAGAUAAAAAUUCUCUGUCUUUUUUUGACCUGAGGGUAAAGUUGCAUGUUUUUUUUUGUUUCUCUCUCUCUCACCUCUGCCGAAGACCCUUAUCUUACACCCUGUGAGUUUGUGUGGGUGGGGAGGUGUUUGCAUUAAGUUGAUUAUCAACUUAAUGGGGGCUUUUAGGGUGCACACUAAC